AUGCGUUGCCUUCCCAACCAGCCGUUGGGGUCGUUUCCCCACUUCGUUUCGCGUAGGACUGUAUCUGUGGCCAAGCUUCUUGGCGGUAUCAGGGGUAUUGUUGGCGGUCAAUUUUUUGUGCCCGAGAAAAAAGAGAUAGUGGUGGUGCCUAGUUCUUCGAAGGCGUCACCCUCACUAUUCGUUGGUUCACCCUUGGUUAAUCUCAGUUCCAGCUCUAUGUUUGGGGGCGUGCCAAGUUCACCUGGAGGUUCUUUUCAGCGCGAGAAGCCUUCCCUGAUCGACGAAAUAGGAACUCCGUCUCAUUCUCUAUCUUUCGAGGCCUACGCUUCGGGCUGGGCAAUUACUAUAGAUUCCUUACUGUCAAAAGACACUACCGCCCAGGAGUGGAGUAGAUGCACUCAUCCUCCAGUCACAAUGAGUUCGAUUGCGGGUUAA